UCAAGCCUGCCUUCUCCCUACUAGCAUCAUGAACAUCUCUGGAGCUGUUCUGUCUUUGGUUGUCAUUGCUGCUGCCUUCUGCUGUCAAGUUCGUGCCUCACCCUUUGGUUCUGGCAUCCCAACCAUUUGCUGCUUGCAGUUCCACAACAAACGUAUCUCUUCAAAAUUGGUAGUAAGCUAUCAUAUCACCAGUAGUCAAUGUACCCAAAAAGGAGUUGUCUUUAUCACAAAAAGAGGCUCCAAAGUCUGUGCAAAUCCCAAGGAUCAAUGGGUCCAACAUUUAAUGAAGCAACUGGACAACCAAAAAGUCAAGAUCCAGGAAAGUUCCUGACCCUUCCUCUUAGCCCAGCCUGACCUGAUAUUAAAGCAGUGCUGAAGAAUAAUUUAUUUUGUGACCACCUCCCUCAGGUUGAAACAGUUUAUUAUAAUUUUAAUAUAUUUUGUCCUAUUUAAAUUGAUAGUGUUCAGCUUUCUGUGCCUUGAGACUUUGUGUUUUUAUUAUUGUUUUUUGUAACUUACCCUUGAGUCAGUCCUUUUACUUCUGUGCCUUAGCCUUUAUGUGUAUAAAAUAGCAAAUAGUCCAUUUCUCUCCUUCCUACCUCAAAGGGAUAUUGUAAAAAUUGGUAUGAAAAUCCAUGUGAAAGGUGUUUAAAUCUUCUGGAGAGAAGUCAUAUUGAACCCAAUGUAUCAAAAAUGAAUGUUCUUAUGGGGAACAAUGCUACACAAUGUAUGACCAUUGAAUUUCUAUAGAAAAUAUAUUUUUGUUUAUAAAACCUGA